UAGUUCAAGAACCCUACCAAGAUCUCAUAUUUGAUUCUACCAUGAGGUGGGAUACCCAACAUAAGAAUGAAGAGCAAUGAAAAUACACCACAUGAGAUCACCUACAAAAUACUACAACUUUCAUCUCGGACACCAAAAGUCUGUCCAGGAGAGACUGUUACAACAUGGGAGAAGCCAAAGGUAUUGUUUAUGACAAGGAAGAUUUUGAGGGCAUUUUCAGUGGCUACGACCAAGAUGAGGGUCCUAACAUAAGCAACAAUGCGAUGCACCAGUUCACUUGUGAUGACAGUGCAGGUCUCAAGGGUUUCCACACCAUCUUCCAACCACUGGUCUACAGUGUAGUGCUUCUGCUGGGAGUGACAGGUAAUAGUCUGAUGAUGACGGUGUUGCUUAGGAGCCGUGGCCACCUGAGAAUCACAGAAAUCUACUUGCUUCACCUAGCACUGGCCGACCUUCUGCUUUUAGCUACCUUCCCCUUUGCCCUGGUACAGGUAUUCAUGAGGGUGGUGUUUGGAGACGUCCUUUGUAAGCUGUUAGGAAUGUUGAACAGACUCAACUUCCUGUCCAGCAGUCUGCUCCUGGCGUGUAUUAGCUUUGAUCGUUACUUGGCCAUAGUGCAUGCUGUCCCCAGCCUCCAGAGUCGCCGUCCCAGGAACGUUCACCUAACCUGCCUGACGUUGUGGUUGCUGUGUCUGGCCCUGUCCAUUCCCAACAUGGUGUUCCUGUCUGUAGGGAAGAAUCAGACAGACCCAUCACAGACCCUCUGCUCCUUCUACAGCCACGGUAUCCAUGCCAACAACUGGCGUCUGACGGAUCGUGUCAUGACCCAUGUGCUGUGCUUCUUCCUGCCUCUCGGGGUGAUGACCUACUGCUACACAGCUGUGGGGCUGAGCCUGUACCGCAGUCCAGCACGCCAGCGGAGCCAGGAGAAGAAGGGGGCCAUCCGCCUGGCCUUUCUGGUCACCGCCGUUUUCUGCCUCUGCUGGCUGCCAUACAACAUCACUGUGCUGAUGAAAACGAUGAUUGACCUGAGGCUGGUGCAUGGGUUGGACUGCCAGGCCUUGACCAGAAUGAAGAUAUCCCUGGUAGUGGCGGAGAGUUUGGGCUACUCACACUGCUGCCUCAACCCACUGCUCUAUGCUUUUGCCGGGCAGCGGUUCCGCCAGGACCUGCUGAGACUGCUGGUCCGCUGGGGCUGUGGACGGGUGUGUGGCAGGGUUGUCAUACAGACUAGUUCUAGUCGGGCAUCAGCAUCCUUCUCUGAAGGACUCCCUACAGCAACCACUAACAUCCUAUAACCAGAUUUCACCCUAUAAAGAUCCAGGUCUAAUACCCUCAUAUGACUUGGUUUAAAACCCUCAUGUGACCAGGUUUAACGUCUUUAAUAUCCAGGUUUAAAACCCUCAUGUGACCAGGUUUAACAUCUUAAAUAUCCAGGUUUAAAACCCUCAUGUGACCAGGUUUAACAUCUUAAAUAUCCAGGUUUAAAACCCUCAUGUGACCAGGUUUAACAUCUUAAAUAUCCAGGUUUAAAGCCCUCAUGUGACCAGGUUUAACAUCUUAAAUAUCCAGGUUUAAAACACUCAUGUGACCAGGUUUAACAUCUUAAAUAUCCAGGUUUAAAACCCUCAUGUGACCAGGUUUAACAUCUUAAAUAUCCAGGUUUAAAACCCUCAUGUGACCAGGUUUAACAUCUUAAAUAUCCAGGUUUAAAACCCUCAUGUGACCAGGUUUAACAUCUUAAAUAUCCAGGUUUAAAACCCUCAUGUGACCAGGUUUAACAUCUUAAAUAUCCAGGUUUAAAACCCUCAUGUGACCAGGUUUAACAUCUUUAAUAUCCAGGUUUAAUACCCUUAAAUGACCUGAGGCUUAUACUACGAAGCAGGAUUUGGGGUUAGCUACCGUCAGUGUCACGACGUUGGUUCACUUGUUACCUAGUUAGGCUACGUUGCCAUAGUAAGUUCUGCACACCCAACCUACUCCGGAGCAGGUUAUAUUCAUUAGCGUUAUUUUAGCCGCAGGAUAUUAUGCUGGCAGCGUUCAGAUUUUCUUUUUCAAAAUAAAAGCCAUAAAGUAAAUUUACAAGGCAAUAUUGUUAAUAUAGUCUGUAAAAAGAACAGACAAGAACAACAUUAGAAUGGACAUUAAACCAAAAAUGUACUGAAUAGAUUUUUAA